AUGGACCCCACUAUGGUCUCUUCAUCGCUCAAUACUGCUUGGAAGUUCACAGCCAAUGCCCUCGAACUGUUUUACGCCAAACCUUUGGUAUACACCCCAACAGGAGCUGCGCACGAGCAAGUCAUUGCCGUAUCGAAUCAAAACAUUAUCAGAGUUUUCGAUGGUCUGUCUGGUGCGGUGAUCACUUCUCGGACUCUUCUACCACCAUUCGCUUCUGUGAAUACCAAUUGUGGUGACAUCCCUAACACGGUAGGCAUUACGGGGACACCAAUUAUUGAUCCUACGACGGAUAUCAUGUACUUCUUUUCCAAGGGAUACCAGAACGGGAAAGCGGGUCCUCAAGGCACUAUCAAUGGUGCAUAUAGAUUUUACGCUGUAAAGUUGCCUUCCCUAGCAGAUGUCUUUCCUCCAGUGAUGAUCGAUGGUCAUUUUGCCAACAAUGACCACACUCGAUAUUUCUUUGGAGGCACCGUAUUGAACAGACCCGGCUUGGCGAUGAUGGAGAACUCAGUCAUUGCUGGAUUCGGAGGUCAUUGCGACAAUUUCAACUAUACUGGAAUGUUGGUUGCUGUCAGCAAGACAAAUGGCGCUGUGACAAAUAUUCAGGCAAUGGAAGCUAGUCCUUACGCCCCCUCUCCUCAAACUCUGGUCAUCACCGUGCAAGGCGGUGGAAAGGCUGGCAUCUGGCACUCUGGAAUGGGUCUCGCUGGUGACAGCAAUCGUGUCUUCUUCGUUACUGGCAAUGCACGUGGAGCAGGCCAAAACGGCGGUGCGGCUGGAAAGGCUGCGAGCGGAAAAGUCUACCUCAGCACCCUUGAGCAAGCAGUAGUCGAUAUGUCUGUCAGCACAACAGGAGCCUUCACUCAAGCUGAUUACUUCGAGCCCUAUGCCUACGAUAGUUUGAAUGGAGGUGAUCGAGAUUUCGGCUCUUCUGGUGUUGCACUCCUUGACGGUACCACGUUUGUUGGUGGCGGGGUUACUCGCGUCGCUGUGGCAGGCGGUAAAUAUGGCCAUAUCUAUGUUAUGGACGCGAAUAAUCUUGGAGGAUUUGCUGGAGCUGCUGGUGGUGACAAAGGAAUGCUACUGAGCGGAGUGGGAAGUUAUCCAAUGGAGGGCGGAUACAUAUAUUUCAAUCCUACGGGGCAGCCAUUGAUCUGCUACAAGCUCACCCAUGAUAGCCUAGGCAGACCGAAUUUCGCAUUUGCUGGUCAGACUGCGGCAGUAUAUAACGGCCAAAGUGUCCCAACAGUUACAAGUAAUAGGGCCAAGUCGGUUCAGGUAUGGUUGGCAGACGGUACAGCUGGUCUCGUUGCCUUCAAAGCAGUUCCAGUAGGAGGAGUUUUAGUGCAGAUCAAGCUCCCAGUUGGAGCUUCCACUGGAGGGGCUCUCAAGUACCAAAGAGCUGUCUUCGGAGCUGGCCGAGCCUACAUGGCUGGUGCUGGCAAGAUCAUUGCCCUCGGCGGUGGUGGUACUGCAGCAAGUGUGCCAUUAAGCUCUUCACCGAGCAGUGUCGCUUUCGGAUUAGUGUCUGUUGUACAAACGUCUACAGUCUCAAUCACCCUGUCGGCAGCAUCCGCUCUUACGAUUACGAGCUGCAGCACAACCAGCUCAUUAUUUCAAUGUGGAGCCUCGGGCUUUCCAAUCACAGUGGCCAGUGGUUCAUCAUUCAAUAUCCCGAUCACGUUUAACCUGACUGACGCGAACAUACUUGCCUACCAGAAUGCCGACAAUUCCCCAUUAGCACCAACAAGCUUGAGCUCUCUGCUGGACAUUUUCGCCACUGAUUCCACUGGAACAGUCUCGGAUAUUUCAAUCCCUCUUUCUGGCACCGUUGUUGCUUCUGGAGGAUAUUUGGUCGUCUAUCAAACCACAGUCAACUUUGCGCGGCUUCCCGCACCUUUGACAUUCACUGGCUUCGCUUAUCAAGACUACUACGGGGAUAUGACUUUCAUCAACGUCACUUCAUCGAUUGUAGGCAAUGGAUACACCUCCACUGGGUUCCCCGCACUCCAUUCUCAGAUCCAACCCGGAGCAUCCAUUACCAUCCAACUGUUCUUCGGGCCCAAAGCUUUGGGAAUUGCAGCUAGCUACUUGACGCUCUGGAGUGAUGGCGGAUACACGGAUAUAUUGAUGACUGGAAACGCGCAGAAUGUGGCAUUUUCGUCGUUGUUGUCUUCGACAAGUAUUUUGGCCACAUCGUCAUCUGUGAUUAAGUCUUCCUCGAGUUUCCUCCUCUCCUCAGCCAAGACCUCAUCGUCGUCGAAAAUUCUCACCAGCACGAGUCUAUCAUUGAUUCCCGGUUCGUCAACUUUCCUGUCAUCAGCGAGCAUUCUUAGCUCUUCAAGUCUCUCAAGCUCCCUCUCAGCUGCUGCUGCUACUUCGUCAUCGACUCUUGACAAUCCUCCAAGUUUCCCAACUUCUCUCUCAGCUUCUGCCAGUUCAUCACUGAGUGCGGCCUCCAACUCGGAGAUAGAUAGCUCACAUGUUGAUUCAGGAUCAUCGCCGAUUUCCAGCUCUACAAGCUCAAGUGCAGUUCUCCAAGCCACAACGUCUACUUCAAGACCAUCAUCCAACACAGCCUCCACGACAAUCUCCAUUGCAACCACCCUCCAAACCAGCACAUACAUAAUCCCCAUUGCCACGGCCUCCUCAGGAUUCGCCUACCAAGGCUGCUUCCGAGAUGUCGGAACAGGCCACGCCCUCCCUCUCCUCGUCGCAAACAACAGCAUGACCCCUGAACUCUGUCUCAAGAUCGUUCAAUCCCUCGCGGCUAAACCAACGCCCACCAUUCUGCCCUACUAUUACGUCGAAUAUGCACGAGAGUGCUACGGAAGGAAGUCUUUCACCUGGGAAUCCUCCGCGAUCACCAGUUUGACGGGUACGAAGGCUUGCACGGAUAUUUGUUCUGGAUCUUUGGGUGCGUCGUCUACGGGGACGGCGAAGUGCGGGGGGAGUCGGAUGUUUGAUCUUUAUGUGGCAGCGAGUGCGCCGACGUUGAGUGCGGUUUAUACUUUGACUAAGUAG